CUGUGAUGGAUACUUUGAGUACGAUGCAAUUGGCGUUCGUCUGAAGUCGGUCUCUUGAUAUUUAUUGUUGUUCUGUUUACAAUCUUUGCCUUGAGCGGCAAAUUUGUUGUCGUUUUGAUCAUCGCUGUAGCCUGCUAAGUGUAUCUUUUUAAGGGAGAAUUCCCGAGAUCUGUAACAAGUUUGUACUUCAACAAGUAGUUUUUCUACCCAGAAAUAGCUUCCGCAUAGGCAAUAUUGUACUUCCGUGUUUCAUUGCAUAUUUUUAUGGAAAUAUGGAUUCGUAUAAGGCAUUAUGCGAAAUAUGUGGUAUCAGUUUUACGUUCAGGAAGGAUUUAUACAGACAUUUGAGAGUAUUUCACGACAUGGACGUAAAUUUAGAUAAGGAUAAAGUAACAUGCGACUUGUGUGAUAAAAAGUUUUCGACUGUCGCUGCCCUCGAGCGUCACAAGAAAACUCACAGACCCGCUCCACAAAAACUGUCGUGCACGGAGUGUGAUGAUUUCAUAUGUCGUACGAGGGAGGAGCUAAGAAGUCACCUGGAAUGUGAGCAUGGAAUAAGUAUGGAAAGUAAAGAACUGGUGUUUGAUUCAAUGGAACGGUUUCUGCAGUGGAAAUUGAAGAUGGAGGGUGAUGAGAAAGUUUUCUUUACAAAGAGAACUGGUGAAAGGAUGGUUGACAGUGAGAAAUCCCGUUUAUACUACAUUUGCCACCGUUCGCGAUCUGCCGUGAAAAGUAGUUUUGGCAAAAGAUUGAGAGCAUCAAACAAAAUUGACCAAACGUGUCCAGCAUCUUUGAUAGUGACAAAGAUGCCAUCAGGCAAAAUAAGUGUCAAAUUUUACAUGACCCACACAGGUCAUAACUUUUCUGUGGGGCCUCUCCAUUUUGCUCAUGCUGACAGAGCAAUGGUUACUGGCCAAAUAGUACCUGAGCCCAAGAGUACGUAUGAUGUUACUGUGAUGGAAGACAGUGGCACAACAUGGCAGCAAGAAGUACAGCACAUCACACCAGGGCCUGUCAUUGUGACAGUGGAGGAAGUAGAUGCCAUGUCAUGGCAGCAAGAGUUGCUACACAGCACACCAGAUUUUUGUGGAAAUAUGUGCGAAAAAUGUGGUACCAGUUUUACAUUAAGGACGGACUUAUACAGACAUUUGAGAGCAUUCCACAACAUGGACAUAAAUUUAAAUAAGGGUAAAGAAACAUGUGACUUGCAUGAUAAUAAAUUUUUGACUAUUGCUACCCUCGAUCAUCACAAGAACAUGCACAUACCUGCUCCUCAAAAAAAGCUGUCAUGUACGGAGUGUGGUGUUUUUAUAUGCUAUACCAGGGAAGAGCUAAGAGGUCACCUGGAAUGUGAGCAUGGAAUAAGUAUGGAAACUAAAGAACUGGAGUUCGAUACAAUGGAACAGUUUCUUCAGUGGAAAUUAAAGAUGGAGGGUGAUGAGAAAGUUUUCUUCACAAAGAGAACUGGUGAAGGGAUGGUUGACAGCAAGAGAUCCUGUUUGUGCUACAUUUGCCACCAUUCAAUAUCUGCCAUGACAAGCAGUUUUGGCAAAAGAUUGAGAGCAUCAAACAAAAUUGAACGAACCUGUCCAGCAUCUUUGAUACUGACAAAGAUGCCAUCAGGCAAAAUCAGUGUCAAGUUCUACAUGACCCAUACAGGUCACAACUUGUCUGUGGGGCCUCUCCAUUUUACUUAUGCUGACAAAACAGUGGUUACUGGCCAAGUAGUACAUGGGCCCAACAACACUGUUGGAAUUACUGUGGUGGAAGAUGGUACUGAAUUAUGGCAGAAAGACCUGCAACAACACAGAUUACCUGGGCCUGUCAGUGUGACUGUGGAGCUUAAUAGUGCCAUGCCAUGGCAACAGGACCAGCAGCACUUCACACCAGGUGUCAACACUAAGCAAGGUGUUGCUGUGGAGCAUAGUUAUGCUAUGCCAUGGCACUUAGCAUAGCGAUACAGCACAUGAGUGUAACAGCUUCAGCAGUGCUGGGUAGUGUCAACUCCACUGGAUGGUAUGGGAUCAGAAAUAAACAUGUCAGGGAAACCCUUCUGACAAUUUUAUCCCAGAUGUGUGCAGGAGCAGGAGCAAAUCUAGUCACGGUCAGGCUGGCGGCACGAGCUGCGCCAGUUGCCGGCUACAUUGCGAGGAUGGUAUCGUGGCAGUGGGUGACAGAAGCAAUGGCAUUCGGUCACUGAUUCACUCCCUUUUCCUGGCUGGGUGGCCAGUUCUUAGUAGAUGAUGUUGGCACAUUGAAGGAUGGUGAUUCAGCUCCAGCAUCUUGCAAACUGAAGGUGGAUCUUGCAACAAACAAUGUUGCGGAUGUCUACAGUAACCAUAUAUUUAUAGCGAAUAAUCCAGCAUCCUCACAGACAGUUCAUGAGUCACUAGAUAUUCAGACAUCCACACCUAGGUCCUCAACAACUAAGAAAAGAAAGCAAAGUGAAGAAUAUGGAUCUGCAGUUCAGCUGAUAGCAAAGGCACUCCAGGAAGAUGUUGAUGGUAAUGGUGAUGAAACAGUCCUGUUUGUUAAAUUUCUCGGAGCAGAAAUUAAAAAAAAAGAAGUGUGACAAAAAGAAGACAUCUGAGAUUAUAACUAAUGAAAGUAUUGUAUCGAGA